AUGUUAACAAGGUCAUACCGCUGUAAAGCGGUGGUUACUAGUGUUAGAACUGCUUACAAUCACAUCAGCGUGAAGGAAGUAAGAAUUUGCUGGAUUUAAAAUCACCAACCUUUUGCAGAAAUGUCACAAAAAUCAGCCAAAAUUCGAACGUUUACUGGGAAAAGAGAACGUAACUACUUCGAUAUCAAAGUGCAGUCAAUUUUCCGCGGACGAAGGACAUUUUGUGUGGGUUUUUUCCAGUUUUUGCCAGCCCUUAGAGCCAAAAUAUUACUCUUUCACAAUUUUUGAUGACGUUUUGAAGAGAUUUUGAUUUUUUUGCGUUUAAUGUAUACCCUGUAUUGAUUCCUUAUAGUAAAUUAUUAUACCAGCUUUCAGAAAAUAUAUAUUUAUGCUUAAAUUUCUUUCUUUUAAGACCUGAAGUCCCGGAUAUUGUACUUUCCCCAAGUUCAACUGAAGAAGUCUCCGAAAUCCUAAAAAUUUGCAAUGACCAACAACUUCCAGUGGUUGCCAGAGGCACAGGAACUGGUCUAGAAGGAAGUGUAAUUCCGAUUUUUCAUGGUGUUGUUUUGGAAUUCAGUCGAAUGAAGAAAGUGAUUGAGGUCAAUGAUGAAGAUUUUGAUUGUACAGUGGAGCCAGGACUGAGUCGACUAGAUUUGAAUGAGCGGCUGAGAGAGAGUGGACUCUUCUUUACAGUAGGUGAGUUUUUGGAAGAUGAUAUUGAAAAAAGUUUGGGAAAUUUUGGGCUUUGAUGUCAAACUCACGUUUUUUUAUUUAUUGUAGUCGUCAAUGUCAUAAUAAUUUUAUUUUUUUUUGUGUAUUUCCGAUAUAAAUAUUUCCCUUUCAACCACUAAAAUUUUGAUCAUAAUCUUAUACUAGGUUCUUAAUCCCAAAAUUCUUGCAGAUCCCGGCGCAGAUGCCUCUGUUUGUGGAAUGGUGGCAACCAGUGCUUCAGGGACGACUUCUUUGCGCUAUGGAACAAUGAAACAAAAUGUGAAAAAUUUGGAAGUGGUCUUAGCGGAUGGCCGAAUUUUGAACACCCGAGGAAAACAUCGACGACCCUGGAAAUCCUCGUCCGGCUUGAACCUCACCGAAUUGUUCGUGGGCUCUGAAGGCACCUUGGGAGUGAUCACGAAUGCGACUGUCAAUUUACAUCCCCGUCCAAUGUUUGUUGGAGCGGCAACAUGCUCAUUCCAAGCAGUGGCCAACGCUGUGGAAACGGUGGUACAGCUGAGGCAAAUGGGGCUUUCUUUGGCUAGGUUAGGUAAAAUAAUCAUUUUAGAAUUGCAAAAAAAAUUAUUUUCAGAAUUUCUGGACAAAGUUCAAAUGAAAAAUUGCAUUGACUUCAGCAAACUGGAAAGUGAUCCUCUGCCCACAAUAUUCUUGGAAUUCCACUGUCAAACGGACGCUGAUGUGGCUGCUCAAAUCAAGAUGGCUGGUGGGUUACGGUAGCUUUUAUAUUUUGCAAAGGAAUCCGACAUAAUAGAUUAAAAAGUGGGGAAAGUUUUAUCCAACAGCUUUGAGCUGCUUCACGCUAUAAUUCCCAUGUAAAGAUUCACCGAUUUUUUAGAAGAAAUUUGCAUCUCGAACCAAUCGUCCACCUUCAAGUCGACCACAAACCCGGAAAAUAUCUCGAAUUUGUGGAAAGCCCGACAUAACGCCUAUUAUGCAACUAUGGCCAAACGGCCCGGCACAAAGGGAUUCACGACGGAUGUUUGUGUCCCACUUAGCCGACUGGUCGAAGUAAUAUCCGCAGCUGAAGUCGAGCUCGCCAAGUUAGGACUGCACGGUUCGAUUGUUGGUCAUGUUGGGGAAGGGAACUUUCAUGCGAUCAUCCCAACGUUCCAUGAGGAUGAGAAAGAAUUAAAAAGAGUUGUCGAGUACUCGGAUUGGCUAGUCAGGUAGGGAUUUUUGAGAUUUGUUGAGUUUGAGGGGUUGGAUAGGUUUCAUCGUAUAAAAUGUACAAAAGUUAAGAAUGUGAUAGGUGAUGUCAAAGAAAGGAUAUUAAAUAAAAAAAUUUUACGCCGUUAUUUAUAUAAAUCUAGGAUUUUUUGAACUUUCAUACAGGUUUUAUCGUAUAAAAUGACCGGAAUUUGCGAAACGUCCUAAAAACCCUGGGGAUUGAAGCUUAAAAUACGUCAUGAAGUCUUAAAAAACGUUUUUUUUUAAUAUUCAAAACGCAGGAUUUCCCUCCGUUCAGACCACCUUUAUCAUAGUUUUCCUAUGUCAUCUAAAAUAAUAUCCAAAAUUUGCAGAAAAGCCCUAGAAGCCGGUGGAACUUGCACUGGCGAACACGGCGUUGGCCUCGGCAAGAAACGCUACAUGCAAGACGAAUUUGGCGCGGUCGGAGUGGACGUAAUGAAGGCGAUAAAGGCCACAUUAGACCCUAAAAAUAUUUUAAAUCCCGGAAAAAUUUUUUGAAUUUUUUUUUCAAGUACGUAGAAAUUGGUCAGUACGAUGAUACUGUAAUGAAGCCAAUGAAAUUUAUAUUUGUUUAGAAUAAAUAUUUUUUUCUGUCAAGAAGCCUUAAAAUACGAUUUUUCGAACAUUCUGGGCUUCGAAUUGUACCCGCGAAGCCUUUGAUUCAACUGUCACCAUAGAGUUUUCAACGGCUUCGGUGGCAUAUAUAAAUCUGGAAUAAUAUUUUACGUAAUUUUCACUCUUUUUGAAUUGUUGUGAGAUGACUAUUCCUACAGUAACCCUCUCAAAUGGAACGAAAUUGCCCGCGAUCGGGUUUGGGACUUGGCAGGUAGGAGCAGUUUUAUUUUUUGCAUAUUGCCUGUUAAUAUGAAGUAUAAAAGCCGGUAGCCUCUCCAAGAAAGUCUCAUUUUGCUAUAAGACCACCCUUUUGCGCAUUUCCGACCUACAAUUUGCAGCUAAACACCACUAAUCUGAAGGCCAGCAUCACUUCUGCUAUUGAUGCGGGCUUUCGGCUGAUCGACACCGCCAGAUCCUUCGGCAACGAGGAAAUGAUUGGUGAGGCAUUGCAGGAAUUGAUCAAGAAAAAGAAGAUCAAGCGGGAAGAUCUCUUCAUCACGACAAAGGUAAUAAUACGACCUCCUACGCUUUCCUGUUUCGUGAAAUUACAGGGUGUUUCAAGAAAUUCCCCGGAAAGCAAUCGUCGAUUUCUCGGCGCUCAGUCAAGGUAUCCAAAAAAUUUCUUUUGCAUAAUAAAGAAGAAUACGGGCGGUUUUUUGCCUAUGAAAAUCACUUCCUCCGCCAACGCGGAAAGCAGUGUAUUCGGCAGAGACUUUUGGGCACUUUUUUGGUCAUCACACCCAUCUUAAACGCGUUUUCAUGGUUUCUGAUGGUUGAAAUGAGGAUUGUUGCUAAUUUUUGUGUUUACCAAGCUUUCGGCGAAGGUACGGCAGCUGCUCGCCGUAUCUUAACUCAGCUAUGGAGAAGAAAUGGCCCAACACAAUUCUUAUGGUCUGGCAAGCAUUCUCUGCGGGUGUCGUAAGCCCUCAAAAAUUUUGUCGCCAAGCCUUGUUAGACGUUUAGCCAUCGAGAAACGACUUGGUUCACUGGAAAACAACAAAAUAUCUUUCGUUUAAAUUUCUCUUUGCCAUGCUGUUUCAACCAUCCGCACGGUGCGCUCCGACUUUAUCGACGUUGCAGCGACUGCAUUGCACCGUGCAGUCGCUAAUUCGGAUCGCAUAUCGUUGUAUCCGGCCAUCUGAUCCAUUGUGCAAAAAAUUUGAAGACUUUCUGGAUGCUUCAGUGUCGCAAUAAAGCAUUAAAAAUUUGUGUGAUAACCAAAAAAUCGCCCAAAAGUCUCCGCCGAAUACACUGCUUUCCGCGUCGGCGGAGAAAAUGAUCUUCAUAGGCAAAAAACCGCCCAUAUUCUUCUUUAUAAUGGAAAAAAAUUUUUUUGGAUAUCUUGACUGAGCGCUGAGAAAUCGACGAUUGCUUUCCGGGGAAUUUCUUGAAACACCCUGUAGACAGUCUACACGUAUAAUUGGACUAUUUGCCAAUUAUUUAUUUAGCUUCCAAUCUACGCUCAUCGUAUCGAAAUCACCGAUAAUGUCAUCGACUUGUCGUUAAAGGCGCUGGGAGUGGACUACGUCGAUCAGUACUUGAUCGAGCUUCCGUGUGCUGUUCAGGGAGAUAUUUCAGGUAACUGGUUCAUAUAAACAAAGCAUUCAGAAUGCAUUAUAUGCGUGUUUUUCCACAUGAUCCCGUUCGGGAAUGGGAAGGUCAUAUCACAAAUGAAUGAUGAGAAAUAAUAGCCACAAUCAAUGAAAUUUAGGCCCUCUCCUCGACAGCAAUGGUCUUCCAAUCCCGGAUUUAUCAUCGCCACAAACCGAGACUUGGAAAAUCCUGGAGGAGGCCUAUAAGGCCGGCAAAGUUAAAGGUAAGGGAAGCUGCGCACAAGCUCUUGUAUUUAAACAGCCAUAACGAUUGAAAUUUACUACAGACUCUCCUCAUUUUAUUGUAUAUACUACUGGGCGAGCUACAGUGAAUUUCGGUCUGUUAUCGCCUAUUUCUAAACUUUUUAUUCCGUUUCAUGACUCCAUUAAUUCGAUGUUUAGCGAUUGGUCUCGCCAAUUUCAACGAAUGGCAGAUCCAGGCGCUCUACACCACCGUUGACGUGAAGCCCCAAGUUCUCGAAGUGGAAUGCCAUGUGUUGCUCCAGCAACCGGAUCUUCUCAGUUUUUGCAAGAAAAACGACAUUACGGUAAUCGGAAGUGCCCCGUUGGGAUCGCCGCAUCGGAACAACUCGGAUUGGAAAACAGUUUGGCCGGAAGGUGCUCCGCUGACCAAUCCCACGAUCAUCCAGAUAGCCUCGAAGCACAAGAAGAGCUGUGCACAGGUGAGGGAAUUGGAGGGGAAAUCUAGCCCUGGAUAGGAUCAAAAAAGAUUCAUUUUUUCUCGAUUCACUUCGAAGAAAAAGCCCUUUUUUAUAGAUUUUAUUGCAUGCUGGAUGCAUUUUGAUACUUUUUUUGUCAUAUAAUAAAAAUACGGGACUGAAAAGCUGGUAACUUGAUCAAAUGACCCACUUUUCACAUCUUGUCUCAUUCUGCCGAGAAAUUCAAAAUUCCGAGAUAUAGGGGUUUUCUAUGGAUAUUCUAUAGAAAAAACUACUCAAUUGCGAUAGUUUUUGUCAACUUUCAGAUCUGCCUCCGCGCCCUCCAUCAGCUCGGAGUCAUCCCCAUUCCCUCCAGCACCAAUCCUGCGCACAUAAAGGAGGACAUUGACAUCUUCGGAUUCCAGUUGUCGGCGCAGGAAAUGGAGCAGAUUAAGGGGAUAAAUUCAAACUCUAGACUUUUCGUUUAUGACUUGUAAGUCGAUGGGAGAAAUUUCGGCCUUUUCCGCCAGUCAUAUCGAUUGGAAUAAUCCCAGUAAAACUGCCUUCUUUUCAGCCUGAAACUCCAUCCAUGGUAUCCGUUCAAAUAA